AUGAGUGAAGAAGGAAGAACAGUUAAGCGAGAGAGGAAGAGAAAGGACUUAGAUAAGCAGAGAGAGGAAGGAGGACUGGAUGCUUUGACAGACUAUCCACCUGCCCACGAUAAGCACAGCGGGGACUUCUCCACUCUGCUAAGACCUGCGCCGCACUUAAGAUUGAUCCGACCUAAAAAUGCUGACCCCGCCCAUAGUUCUAUUGACGACCGUGAUCAUUCGAUUUUCAUCCAAAUUGAGCAGGGUAACACGAAAACAAACCAGCAAUCCCACGAUGACUCGAUAGACCCGGACAUGGCCGAUGCUAACACAGAUACCGGAGCUUACUAA